UCCCACUCCUCCUUUUUCAUAUCAUCAUUUCUCAACAAUUUCCCUCACAAUAAAGUUACUUUAAGAUGAAGAUAAUGAUUUUUAAAGAAAAUUAGCUAAAUUUUAUGUUUUUUUAAUGUUGCCCAAUCUUUGAUAUCUUGAUGUAUUAAGUCACAAUUACUUCUGUCGACUUCAACAAACCCUACUACAAUCAUCAUCCGUCCAUAAGAUCCUUUCUACGAAGUAUAUUCAUAUUUUCGUUCCUAAAGUGAGAGGGAAUGAGCAACGACCUGGGUUGGGUAUUUAGACAAAGAUAAGCAGCUAAAGUUCAUGUUUACUUGUGAGUGAGCGACAUCUAGGGGUUAGGACGAAGAUCAUUGCCUUCCGCAAGCCAAUUUGGGUUCGAUAGGCUUUCUUGGAAACGAAGAACAUAAGUUCGACAAAUGGGCCAGCCGUUUUGGCACGACUUUAUAGUAGUUUAUGCUGCACCGCACUACGAAAGAAUGGCCAAAGUCAACUUGGAGGGUGCUUCCUUCUAAUUCAAUUAUGAGCUUGGUCACGCAUGUUGCUGAUCCAACCCGAGGAGAACCGGGCUAAUUUUUCCAUGGACCUCCCAUGAAUGACGAACCUCACAGUCCUAGGUGGUUUAGGAACUGUAUAUCAUUCACAAUCUUCUGGCUUAUUGUAAGGAGGGGCAAGCCCUUUUGUCGUGCAAGGGUGUAAUCAUUUAGCGAUUGCAUGUGGAUCCCAUGAUGCCAAAGAGGUUUGCGCGAUAAUUUGGGAAACUGUAAGUUAUACCCAAACUCCUAUUUUUGUAUGAGGCAAAUGAUCAUCGGCCCUCCGACACUAGUUCCCUUAAUUCAUUUACUGAAUGCGUUUGUGUAUGGAGAGACAAUCAUCUAAACCAUGUUGUCCUAAGCGAGAUGGUCCCUUGAAACUCCCCACUCAAUGUUGGAGAGGAUUUAGCAGUCAGUUAUGGAGAUUGGUUUACUUUUUUUUAGUCGUUGUUUGAUACGCAAUCCCGCACACCACCACGAGUGUAACACCAAAAGCUCUACGGUUGCACUUAUUUUCGCAGUGCGUAAACUUAAAAUUCACAUUUUCAAUUUGAUAAUGUUACGUCUUACAUUACUUAUUUUAAUGUUUUAGGUAAGAACUCUGAUUAUAAUGAGAGACCGUCUUGAUAAGAGUCGUAUGGACCCAGACAUUAUGUUAGCGACUAUCCAAAUUACAGGGACAUCAUCAAUAACAGAUUAGAUAAACGUGCUCGUAAUGAACACCUGGUGGGCGUGAAAUUACCAAUUGGUGGUGAAGAUCAGGAAGAUAACGAUGAAGAUGCCAAUCAAGAAGUUGAUGACUCCUCUGCAGCUGGACGAGCAACGCAGGAGGAUUUUUUGGGGGGAUCUUUCCAACAACUUUACACUUUUACUCACUUUGCAGGGACUUCCAAUGCCUACACAAGUUCAUCUAACCCAGAUGGUUUGCAUAAUUUUAUAAAUAUGUUUCAGGAUAGUUGGUUUUGUGAUAAUGUUUGAUUUUUAUGUGAUGCGCCUUAUGCAAAGAUGAUUUUGGUCCAUCACGUCUUCCUCAUCGAUCGCUUCGCUCAGGUUAAUUAACAAAUACUUCCCUUUGCCAAUCCUUGUGAGACGACCUGAGUCAUUCUCGAUUAAUUUAUUGACUUACCGCUAUAUUUAGUUUCAUCACAAGCUCGUGGUUUGAAAGGUUAUUCGUUCUCUGCAAGCAUGUAUCAUUUCAGGAAGAGUGGAAGUGGUUAAUAUCAAACGGUGUUCCAGGCUAUCUGUGUAUACCUCAUCUUCAUUCGAAGGGCUCCAGUCUCAUUCUUUGAACAUGCGCUCUUCUUCUGCAAGCACUGUAGUAACUGAGUCGAGGGCAGAAUCUCGACCCAUUGGCCCUUUUUCCGGGCUUAUCAUCUGUGUAACUGGUUUGUCAAAAGAAGCCAGGAUGCAAGUGAUGAAAGCAACAGAGAAGUUGGGUGGGACAUAUAGCCCACAAUUGCAUCCCCGUUGCACCCAUUUGGUGGUUCAAAUAUCCUUUUUUUCCCCUAUUGUGCACUUCCCUUUUUCUGGGCUUGAAAUUGAAGGCAUUUUGAUUUCUAUUCACAGAUUUCAUGGCCCCAAAUUGGAGCAUGCCCUGAAACAUGGAUCCAAAAAUGGUCUUUCGAUUGUUAGCUUGGGUUGGUUUGUGGAUAGUGUGAAAAAUAAAGCAAGGUUGAGUGAAUCACUUUAUGGUGUCAAAGUUGCUGAAGAAGGUGUUUCUUUUGAUGUUUUCAACCGACUUGGCCACAAUGGUGACUCUCAAACUUCUUGUAUUCCUAUGGGAACAAUUGAGCAUCUAAGAAAACUGAACUUGAUUGAAGAGCCACAACCAAAUGCUUUGGAUAGAGAAAGUGUGAAAAGAACAAUAAUAUCUCCUUUGUCUGGUUAUUCCUUGUAUGUAGAUGUUGAUGUGUCUGAUGAACUGCGUUGUAAGGUUGUUGAGGUUGCUUCUGCACAAGGUGCAGCUUUGGUUGAUCAAUGGUUUGUUGGUUGUGGCGCAAGUCAUAUAGUGUGUGAGGGAAGUUCUGUUCAGAAAUAUCUUGGUCAUUCUGCAAAUAUUGUUACUCCAUUAUGGGUUUUAAAGACUGUAAAGGAAAAGCAACUGCAAAAGCUUGUCCACAUAUCUGCUGAUCUAGCUAAGCAAACUGGAAUAUUGAUGGAGAGUAUUCAAUCUCGCAUUCAUAAAGAGGAAAUCAAUGAGGAUGUGGAUCUGCAUUAUGAUGUACCAAAUUCUAUAUCCGCUAUAAGUCAUGAUUUGAGACAAAAGGUUGUGAGCCUGGCUAAAGAUGGAGUAAGGAAGAGGAGGGGUAAACGUAUGCAGACAUGUCAAACCCCUAUGCGUCCAAUAACACCAAACAGUCUUCUGGAUUCAAUCUGCUGGUCAAUAUGUGAGCCAACAUCAACUGCCUCAAUUUAUAUAGAUUCUUCUUGUGUUGAAGACACUACACUGCAUAACACAUGUGUCUUCAACGACCCUAAUGAGGUUGUGAAGGAAUCUGAAUUUUCUUUUGUGAACUUAUCCCGACCACUUAAGGAAAGUGAGAAAUCAGAGACGGUGCUAAAGAGCCACUUCCUUACAAUAUUGUAUCCAGUUGAUCGAUUUUCGGAAAUAGGUCCUUGUUCAAGAACAUAUUUCAGCGAUAAUGGCUUCAAGUGUCUGCAGCUCUUGAAUUAUAUAUAUGCCUUUUACCAGGAAGAGAUGUCUAUUCAAGAAAUAGAGGUGGCCAUCCACACAGACUCCAGACAUGCUGAUCGGCUGCGGUCUGUGUAUUGCAGCGAUGAAACGACAAAAUGUGGGUAUGUUGCGUUUAAAUGGACUGAGUUUAUGGGUAGCCGUAAAAGCUUUGAAAUGCUUAAGCGCGUUUCUGGCGAUAACAGUAGCAAUGUGUAUGAGUUGCUGAUCAGAUCUUAAAAGGCAAUGGAUCAUACAGAAGUUCACCAAAUCACUCAUCUUUGGUUUUGGCAUUGUUGAGGGAGAUCUAAAAAGGCAGUGUAAAUAUUUUUUGAUAAUUCAACAUUUUAAUUUCUCAACCUUUGUGCCACUGCAUGCAAUGUGUAAAGCAAUAUUGUUUCCUUGAUGUGCUCUAACCCAGUUAUUCUAAACAAACAUAUUGUAUUGGU